GGCGGCGGGCACCGAGUCACCAGGCACAACCGUGGGCUCCGAGUCAACUGGGAUGACCGCUGGCACUGGGUCAGACAUUGGAUCGUCUGGCUGGACAGCGGGCAUCGGGUCACCAGGCAUCAGGUCAUUUGGCUCGACAGCGGGCACCGCAUCAUCUGGCAAGGCAGUGGGCUCCGAGUCAACUGGUAUGACCGCGGGCACUGGGUCAGACAUUGGAUCGUCUGGCUGGAUAGCGGGCACUGGGUCACCAGGCAUCAGGUCAUUUGGCUCGACAGCGAGCACCGCGUCAUCUGGCAAGGCAGUGGGCUCCGAGUCAACAGGCACGACAGUGAGCACCGGGUCAUCAGGUACCGGAUUGUCUGGCUCGACAGCGGGCAUCGGGUCACCAGGCAUCAGGUCAUUUUGCUCGACAGCGGGGCACCGGAUCAGGUACCGGAUCAUCUGGAUCAACAGCGGGCAUCGAGUCAACUGGCCUAAUAGGAUCGUCAGGCUGGAUCAGUUCAUCAUGCUGGGUAGAGGCAUCAGGCUGAAUAGGCUUCAGGCCGAGUAGAGGCUUCAGGCCGAGUAGAGGCUUCAGGCCGAGUAGAGGCUUCAG